GCGGGCAAGUGUACUACUUCCAUUCCAUUGACCACUGCCCGAGAUCAAAUCAAUCAUGACGGGAACCACCAUUUUACAAACCCUAAUCUUAUUCAAUGCUUAAUUUCACGAGUUCUUCUCCAAAUAAAUCCCAGAUCUCAUCGACUUCUCUUCAAAUUCAACUGAUCGCUCAAAAAUUGGAAAUUGGAAUGUACGAGACAGCCCCUGCCUUGCCUUUUGAUGGAUCGAACCCAUCUCCCAAUUUCAUCGCCUCAGAAAUGACGACGCCGGCAAUCCGACCUUUAUUCGGUUCCAUGGCUGCCAGCUCUGCCUCCGGCGGACAACACAUUUUCAAAGACGGCCGGAGUUUAGCUAUCAACACACCCAAUUUCGAUCCGAUUCGCCUCUACGACGGAAUCAAGACUCUCCCCCCAAAUGUCAAGGACUAUAAAGACUGGUAUCGUCGGGUUUCCAAAGAAUUCGGGCAGCAGUGGAAAAAACAGGGCAUUGACAAGGCGAUUCUCUUCUCCACCUCUUCGUUUCACAUUCAAGAGGAAUUCCUUACAGCCAUGGCGUCCUUCUGGGACUCCGACAACAACGUCUUCCUCUUGCCCGAUGGACCAAUUGCACCAACCUUGCUAGACGUCGCAGUAAUAGCAAACCUCCCCAUUGUAGGAGAGGACCCCGUGCUGGGAGCCUUAGCCUUAUCUACAGAAGAACCUCCAAAGAAUCAUCCGGGAUACAAUCUUCUAACUACCAAAAUAGCCACUUGGAAUAAAUACCUACAGGCCCAUCGACCAUCUUACAAAUCAGCAGUGUCGGAGGAAGAACACGUGGCUUUCUUACUAUACUGGUUGAACCGAUACGUGCAAUUUGGAAUGUGAUCGGAAAACCCGUCCAAGAUUGUCUUCAAUUGCUUUUCCCUUCAGAGAAUGGAGGAUUUCUUACAUUGCCGAUAAAAGACCGGCAAACCAUCUCCCACUCAAGCCCGAAGGAAAAGAAAAAGAAA